UAUGUAAAUUACCAUAAUAUCACUUCUAAUUCUAUCAGUUGUUCUAUCCACAGACUAAGAUAAUAAUAUGAUCUGAGGUCUUGUGUGCUUCUAAAUUCCAUGCGUUUGUGCGCUACGCCGGAGCCCGGAAUGUUACCAGUUGUCAUUAAGUCGUUUAACCAUGAAUGUGUCCCGUAGUCCGUGCCUUGUGGUAAUCAUAAUCGUUCACACUCAUUAAAGGUUUCAGUCAUUUAGUAUUCACUGAAUUCACUCGGUUCUCAACCAUGUGAAGGUGAAAUCCAAUGUACACUGUACAUAAUUUCAAAAUUAAUAACUCUUUAGUUGAAUAAAAAUGACUUAUCAAUCACUAAGCUCUAAUCUGUAUUUUCAUCUUCAUUUAUGUUCUAUUUUAUUAUAUUAAUAUCAUAAUAGUGAUGGACAAAGUUGAAACGACUGAUUUAUAACUGUUCUGUAUUGAAUGUUUUAAAAACGAUUGUAGAUCAACUAAUUAUUUAAAGUCAUGGAUUCUAAAUAUAACUCAAAUAAUAAAUUAUUGAUUGAUGACCCUCAAUUUCGAAUAAAACCAGUACAACAAAUAGCAGCUGCUUGUACAGGAGCAUUAAUUACUUCCUUUUUUGUUACUCCAUUGGAUGUCAUAAAAGUACGCAUGCAAGCACAAUCUAGAAUAACAAAUAAACAUAAAUGUUUUUUUUAUUCCAAUGGUUUGAUGGAUCAUAUUUGUCCAUGUCAUACAUUAAAAAAAAAUGCCUUUGAUAGUCCUUAUUACAGAAAUGUCCAAUGGUACAACAGGCCUAGCCAGUUUAAUGGAACUCUUGAUGCUUUUAAACAAAUUAGCAAAAAUGAAGGAAUUUUAUCAUUAUGGAGUGGACUGAGUCCAACAUUAAUACUUGCAGUACCUGCAACUAUUGUUUAUUUUGUAUCUUAUGAACAAAUACGAUGUUAUCUUCACGAUUUAACCAAACCAUUUUAUGCGAACAAUUAUCAAAAUCAACCUUUGUGGAUUUCUGGUAUAUCWGGAUGUGUUGCUCGUUUUGGAGCUGCUACAUCAGUCAGUCCAUUAGAACUCAUACGUACCAAAAUGCAAUCAAAAAAACUUAGUUACUUAGAAGUACAUCAAGCAUUGCAAAGUUUAUUAGAGUAUCAUGGCUACAAAGGUCUAUGGAAAGGUCUUGGUUCUACUCUACUUAGAGAUGUUCCUUUUUCUGGUAUAUAUUGGAUUAUGUAUGAACAUAUUAAACAAAUAUCAGGACAUCCUACAUCAUUUGUGUACAACUUUUUGGCAGGGAGCAUCGCUGGAGCGUUUGCUGCAGCAUUAACUACACCAUUUGAUGUUGUCAAAACCAUUCGUCAAAUUGAAUUAACUGAAAAAGAAAUUAUUACCGUAGUUAUUUCAGAACCCCCUGGAAAAGCUUCUAAAUGGACAGUCAAAGCAAUUAUUGACAUAUACCAAACAAAUGGAACUCGUGGAAUUUUCAGGGGCUUAGUUCCACGGAUAAUCAAAGUAGCGCCUGCAUGUGCAAUAAUGGUAUCUACAUUUGAAUACGGAAAAACAUUUUUUCAAACCCGAAAUAUGCAAUUAUAUUAUAAUAAUAACGAGGAAAUUCUUUAAUAAAAAUAA